CUGAGCUCGGCCCGAUCACUAACAGCUCCAGCGUAGUUUAGUGAGGAAACUAGCAAGUAGCUAGUCUGCUAUUUUGAUAGCAUUACUUUGUCCACCUGGAUAGACCCUGACAUCCCCCGCAUCUGUACUCAAUAAACACCCACUACUGCAGCUAAGACAUACAGUAUGUCAACAUCAACAUCAACAUCAAUGUACCAGGUCGUAGCCGACCUCGACAACUUCCCCUACCCCACCACGAGCAAUGACAACCCUAUCCUCCAAAACUACCACGCCUUCCGGAUCGCCGGCAUCCCCAAAACCCUAGGUUACGUCCCCAACGAGCUAAUAACUACCUUCCCCUGGCCAUCAGACACCUGGUCCAUCUCCAACAACACAAUCACCCUCCUCACACCUCCCACCGCAACCGCCUCCACCCGCACCGCCAUCCUCCUCCCCACCAUCCAGGCCCUCGUCUCCCACGGUAUCCUCCGCGGCUGGCGCAACGAGACCUUCCCCCUCUACGGCCCAGACGGAACCAUCAUCCUGGAAAUAGAACGCGCCGCGAGCGCCCUCUUCGGUAUAGUAACCUACGGCGUGCAAAUGCUCUGCUAUACCCAACCCCAAGACAGCAACACACCGCUCCUCUGGAUCGCCAAACGCUCCUCUCUUAAACAGACCUACCCGGGUAUGUUGGACACCACUGCCGCCGGAGGACUGAGUACGGGGCUGCCUCCGCGGGAGGCCAUCAUGCGGGAGGCGACCGAGGAGGCGGGGAUUCCGGGGGACUUGAUGCGGGGGGAGAUGAGGUUUGUGGAUCGGAUUUCGUAUUUUCAUGUUAACAUGGAGGGGGGCAUGGAGCUGUUGCAGCCUGAGGUGGAGUACUUGUAUGAGUUGCGGUUGGAAGGCGGAGUGGUUCCGAGGCCGAGUGAUAGCGAGGUGGAGGAUUUUAGGCUUUGGGGAGUGCAGGAGGUAAAGGAGGCGCUGGGGGAGGGGAGAUUUAAGCCGAAUAGUGCGGUCGUGGUGGUGGAUUUCUUGUUGAGAAGGGGGUUGUUGGAUGGUGAAGAUGGGGAGAGAAUUCGGGAGAGGUUGCAUAGGGACUUGCCUUUGCCGGUGGUGGAUCACGAGGGGGGAAGAGUAUAGUAAGUAUUAUUGUAUAUCUGAAUCCAUUAGACCCGAAAUCUAUGUAUAUAUUGUAGUUCCCAGCCAUCUAUCUACUCUAUAAUGCACCGUAUAAACCCGAAAAACCAAACCAAAUUUUGAACAUACAUGACCAUCAGACAAUUAAGUAACGUGCUCCUUCUCUUCCUCCUUGGGUAUCCUCACCGACGUCACCGUAACCAGCGCCGCCAGCAACUGAC